AUGAACAUGCUGCGCGUCUGGGGCGGCGGCGUGUACGAGUCGGACCUCUUCUACUCGAUGGCCGACCGCCGGGGCAUCCUCGUCUGGCAGGACUUUAUGUUCGCUGACGCACUGUACCCGGCCACUCCCGCCUUCCUAGACUCCGUGGCCGACGAGGCGCGCCAACAGAUCAGACGACUUGGCCACCACGCAUCUCUCGUACUGUGGUGUGGGAACAGCGAGAACGAACUUGGAAUGGCUUACAACUGGUGGAAGCUACUAACACAGGAGCACCGGGUCGACUAUGUGAAGCUAUACGUGGAGACUUUACAAAGGACUGUGUACGACGAAGACAUGUCCAGACCGUUUCUCGGAUCGUCGCCUUCGAACGGAAUAUUGUCCGAGCUGAACGAAGGCGUGAACGACAACCCCAACAACGUCCUCUACGGAGAUGUGCACUACUACGACUACUACUCGCCGCCCUGGUCCCUGGGGUCCGUACCGACGCCUCGCUUCUGCUCGGGUUUCGGUCUGGUGUCGUUCCCGUCUUUCGAGACCCUGUCGACUGCGUUCGCGUCCGAAGACCUCGUCUUCCCCUUUUCGCAGCUGAUUGAAAACCGGCUGCACUUAGCCAACUCUCGUCUUGAAAUCUACCUAUCCUCCGUUCUCAACCUGCCUCGUAAAGACGGAAGCGAGCAGUCCUUCAAGGUCUUCAUAUUCCUGACUCAGGUGUACCAGGCGAUGGGCGUGAAGACGCAGGCUGAACACUUCCGGCGACACCGCCUCACUCUGCGCCGCUCCCGGGGCCUCACGAUGGGCGCUCUCUUCUGGCACCUGAACGACGUCUGGCAGGCGCCAUCGUGGUCCUCCAUCGAUUACUUGGGAAACUGGAAGAUGCUUCACUAUUUUGCCGUGCGGUUCUUCGCACCUCUGCUCGUUUCCGCCCACGUAGACGGGGACCGCCUGCUCGUGUACGCCAUCGACGACCUGUACGCGGGCGAGCCGUACAACCUGCGGCUCGACGUUCGCCUUUACCAUUACGGAUCCUUCGUGCCACGGCUCUCGCUGACGCACGUGUUUCCGAUGAGCUCCCUCGUCCAAGUGGUUUCAGCGAAGAACCUAUCGGAGCUGCUGUCGUCUGCGUCCUGCAGUCGAAACAACAGCUUCCUUACUUUCCGGCUGUCGAACGACAGCGACGGCGAGACGCUCUCCAGCAACUUCCUCCUGCUCCAAGUGCCUCGCCUGGCCACCGAGAUCCCGUCGGCCGCACUCAAGAUUUCCAACGUGAGCGCGCUCCAUUCUGAAGAUGAAAGCCUCCGAGGUUCCAACGUGCACGAGAUUGAACUGAAGACCGAUGCAGUGGCCUUGUUCGUGUGGCUGUCCGCGGGUCGCGUUCGAGGACGCUUCUCUGACAACGGUUUCAUCAUGGUGGACAAAACCACCUCUCUAACCUUUACCAGUGAUCUUCCGCUGGACGUGGCCCAGCUUCGUUUGAAUAUCUCAGUGACUUGCCUGAACUGCUUGCGACACGCUGGCUAUUCGCCUAUGGCUGAUAUAAAAACACAGUGAAAACAAAGAUAGAAGCUUCCCGUAAAUUUGCUGAAAACACACGUUCUAUAGCUUCUAACGGCUGAAAUAAGUUGCAAUGACCGAAUAGAGGCGUGUUUGCGUGAAUGACAUGAGAUGUAACAUUUGU